CCACCCCCGCGAGUGACUUCUGUAGUCCGGUCAACCGCGUCUUCCUUCCUUCCUUCCUCUUUCCUCCUUCCAGCCCUCAUAAACCAUGGUCGCCACCUGUAGCAGCGCAGACGCUGCAGUGGAGGACAUCAAUGAGAUACAUGUACAAAUCAGCAAAGACAAGUCUCGUGGAUGGCAGAAGAGAGCCCAGAAAUGGGCUAAAGGACGCAAGCUUCUCGGAAAGCUUCUGGGUGACCCUACUUUGCGAUCGGAAAAUACUUCUUUAACAGAAUGGAUAGAGGAUGAGUUUGAGACAGCGACCAGCUCGGCAGACAUUUCUUUAACGGUAGCUCUCCUACUGAACCUAGUCAAACACAUCUAUACGACCUUUAUCAAACCUUCUGCGUUUCCUACCCAGGAACCUCAUACUCUUCUAACCGAGGGACAAAACCAACAAGGCCAGCUGGGAACAUUACAUAUUGCGGGGAGAGUAAUUGUCUCUUUGACCGAACUGCUCCUGACAAACAAGAAGUUAAAUAAUCAUAUUGUGGCUUCCCAUGUCGACUUAUUCGUCAGACUCUUGGAGGCCUGUACCGAAGGCAAGAUCUUACAGGCACAGGCUCACACGAAUUUGGGAGAGCUAAUCUUGUCGAUUGUAAACGCUGAGCAUUCUGAAUGCCGCACAUUUCUUUCUGAGGAUAGUGUCCUGGGGUUCGCAAAUAUUGGGAAGCUUCUCUGGAAAUCGCAAUCGUCUUCAAUCACUCUCCACCUCCUUAGCACGUUACAAUUCCUCCUACCGGCCCAUACAGCUGGCAAAGAUUCUCCGAGGACCGUUGCCUGUAGAAAUGUGGUGAUGAACCAAGGUUGGAGUAAGAAUAUUAUUAAAGAGUCAUUCAGCGCUAUUGGAAAAAUGGAUAAGAAAUUGGAUCCUGGUCUUCUAAUGAAGUGUAUUAACAUCUUUGCUGAAGACCAUAGUUUUCUUCGCCCCAAAGCCUUCCAACUUACCUCUUUCAUCAUUGACGACGAAGAUCAGAUCGUCUCUCACAAAUCAAAGAAGAACCUCAAGAAUGGUCAUUUGGCUUUAUAUGCAGACCGGUACUGCUGUCGAUUCACUCUGUAUGGAGAUGAUGAGCAUGAGUCACCCAGAAUCUUUGCGCAUACGGAGAUCGAGGAAUUUAUCCGUCUCAAUACGAAGGACGGAGGGUCUACCGACUUUGAAUUCCAAGUACCUUCUUUCGAUGACCGCAUAUCGAUUGUCAAGUUUGGUAUCAAAACAGCUGAAGCAUCGGACUUUGAAACCUUGAUGAAGAAGGCGAAGAACCCAAAGCCUCAAACGCUCGAAGGAGAAGCCGAGAAGAAAGCCCCUGCUACAACGGUCGCCCAGCCCGACCCCCUUGCACCAGCAGAUAAACGAGCCGAUGGUAAACGAAAAACCAGAUUCUCAUCCCUUGCGAGAUCCAUUUCCCCUGGGAUCAAUUCCAACAAAAUCUCCGAACCCGAACCCCUGUCCAAAGCCAGAUCUAUCAUGUCUAACAGGUCUUCCAAAGUACGAGUCUCCCUCGAUGUUGCUGAGGAAGAAAAGGAUUCGGCGCUGGCUUUGCACGGAGCGAGCAAAAAGAAUGAAGGAAAUGAGAAGACACCAAAGGCCGGAAAAGGAGAGAAAUUGGGAACGAUGGAAAUGAAAAAAGCGGAAUGGAAGACCGCUGGGUCUGAUGCGGCUGCUGAUUCGGACGAAAGUGGUAUAGUUCUUAUCGGUAAGACGUCCACGCCCAUGACGAGGUCUACAAAAACCUAUGGGAGCAGAGGCAGCAGAUCUUCCUCCGCUCGACGUCCUAUGCAGUCCAAGCCUCCGCUCCCUCCCAUGGAAUCCUCCGACUCUGAACUCGACACAAAACCACUCCCCCCUCCAAACUCCAAUCGACGUACAAGCCUACUCCAAAAUAGAUUGAAGAAAGAUGUUGACGAAAAGAGCAAGGCUACGCCCACCAUCCGUGCACCGACGCUGAAAAGCCGCGCGAAAUCUUUGGCCAGUUCAAUUGCGGAGGGUAGAGCGGCCACCCCAGUCUCGAGGGGGCCUACACCCGCCACUGGGGGCAUUAACGAGCAGCUUUUUGGAUCUGAUGGCGGAAAUAGAGGUAAGGAUGGGAAGAAAGCGGGGAUGACGAAGUCUUGGAGGGGUAAGAAGGACAAAGUUGCAGAGGAAGCACUGCCCGUCUCCAUCAUUGCACCUAUCCCAGAACCAUCUUCCACCUCCCGCCGCGCACUGAUCAAGAAACGUUUUCCACAACAAUCGUCUGACGAAGAGGAACCUUCUGAAGCUGAACCGUGGACCAAAGCAGGGCGCACAUCCCUCCAACCGCAAAUCCGGACCAAGGUUAAGAAUCGAGCGCCAUCUCUUCCUCCGACCACAUCAGACGAUGAACCGCUAAGGGAACGCGUGAAUACGAUGAAUUUUGACUGUGAUUCUAUGGCGGAAGAUGAAACCAAGGACCCCCAGAAGAAGCUCACCAAACAGACGACCAGCAAGAGCACGGUUAAGGCGGCUUCUAUUCCCCGGAAAAAGGGUGAUCUAGCCGCACCAGUAAGCGAAUCCGAGUCUAACCUUCAGCCAGAGGAAUACCGCUCUCAAGAUUCUCGACACUGUCAGCAAAAUAUGGUAGACUUAGCCUGCUCUGCUCCUUCCUUUGUUACUGUCAAAGACAUUACUAACCGGCGAAGGCCCAAAACUAAGAAAAUCAUUUCCCGGUGUGAGGAUGAGGAUGACGAUGAGCAGGUUCAAGAGCUUGAGGAGGAAUACGACGAGGCGGAUGUACAAACGAAGAAGAGGGGCCUUAGGCCUAUUCGAGGUGUGCUGGACAAGAACAAUAUCAAGAACCAGAAGCAAAAGCAGAUAUCCGAAUUCAAGCUUGACGAAUCUGACUCCCAGUCCAACUCUGACCUCCGUUCUGAUUCUGACCAUCCUCCAACAAAGAAAUACAAAGCCAACAGCAAAAGCAAGACCGCAGCCAUGGCCAAAUCCACUAAAGCUGAAAUCAAAGCCCAGUCGAAAGCGAGGAAAAACAGGUCCCGCAGAAUGGAAAGUAGUGAAGAUGAAGAAUCCCCUACUGAUAAUCAAGCUUCCGAACCCUGUCCUAAUGUUGAGUCGAAUCCUGAGUCUGAGCAGUCUGAGCAAGAUGUCAAGCGUGGGAAGAAGCUUACCAAGGGCAGGAAAUCAUCGACCGCCGCCACUGCUUCUUCCAUGUCGACCAAGACCAAAGCUCAAGUUAAGGAAAUCAAAUCUUCUCGCCGGCCUUAUAUGUUCAGCAAACCCUUGAAGAAACGUAAGGACAUGACUGAGAGCGAAAGUGAGGGAAAGGACGAGGAGGAUGCAGAAGAAAGGCCGCCUCUCAAGAAGACUAAAAAGGCCCAACCUUCAACCAAACGGAAGAGGGACGAAAGAUCCGGUAGUGAGGAAGAGGGCCGAGCCUCACAGCCGUCAUCGAAGCUGGCCAAGGUGAUCAGGGAAGGUCGAGGAAAGACGAUGAUACAGGGCAAGGCGGAGAAGAAAGUGGAAGAGGCGGCGGUAGAGGAAGAACCUCCAAAGAUUAGCGAUCUGUUGAGUGGUAUUUCUAAAGUACGUCCUUAUUACUGAUUCUCUACCUCAUGCCUGCUGAUAAAAAUGAAGGCUAUGAGGAAAAGAGUCAACACGCGCUCCCGUUUGAGGUAAAUCUGCUCACGAAGUUCUAACCAUAUCAGUUCCAUAUUUGUAUAUCAGCAAAUCAUCUGUAAACAUCUCCACACGUUUUCAAAGUUGUACAUAGAAUAACGCCUAUUAUUGAU